CUGCCUCGCAGCCGUCGGGAUGGAGGUGAGACGGCAGCCGUGACGCCCGCCCUCGAGCACCCCUGCACCGCAGCGGCCCGCAGCGCUCCCCGCCCCCCGCCCCCGCAGCAGCGGGCCUUGCCGUCGAGUGACAGCGGCCUGGGGGGGCAGGGGGGGCGGGGGCGGCCGGACCAGCGAUGCCGGCGGGCAUGACGAAGCAUGGCUCGCGCUCCACCAGCUCGCUGCCGCCCGAGCCCAUGGAGAUCGUGCGCAGCAAGGCGUGCUCACGCCGGGUGCGCCUCAACGUCGGGGGCCUGGCGCACGAGGUGCUGUGGCGCACUCUGGACCGCCUGCCCCGCACGCGCCUGGGCAAGCUCCGGGACUGCAACACGCACGACUCUCUGCUCCAGGUGUGCGACGACUACAGCCUCGAGGACAACGAGUACUUCUUCGACCGCCACCCGGGCGCCUUUACCUCCAUUCUCAAUUUCUACCGCACGGGCCGGCUGCACAUGAUGGAGGAGAUGUGCGCGCUGAGCUUCAGCCAGGAGCUGGACUACUGGGGCAUCGAUGAGAUCUACCUGGAGUCCUGCUGUCAGGCCCGCUACCACCAGAAGAAGGAGCAGAUGAACGAGGAGCUGAAGCGCGAGGCCGAGACUCUGCGGGAGCGGGAGGGCGAGGAGUUCGACAACACGUGCUGCGCCGAGAAGAGGAAGAAACUCUGGGACCUGCUGGAGAAACCCAACUCGUCGGUGGCCGCCAAGAUCCUGGCCAUCAUCUCCAUCAUGUUCAUCGUCCUUUCUACCAUCGCCCUGUCACUCAACACACUGCCUGAGCUGCAGAGCCUGGAUGAGUUUGGCCAGAGCACGGACAACCCGCAGCUGGCGCACGUGGAAGCGGUAUGCAUUGCAUGGUUCACCAUGGAGUACUUGCUGCGCUUCCUGUCCUCGCCCAAGAAAUGGAAGUUUUUUAAGGGCCCUCUCAACGCCAUCGACUUACUGGCCAUCCUGCCCUACUACGUCACCAUCUUCCUCACGGAAUCCAACAAGAGUGUGCUGCAGUUCCAGAACGUCCGCCGUGUGGUCCAGAUCUUCCGAAUCAUGCGCAUCCUUCGCAUCCUGAAGCUGGCUCGCCAUUCCACCGGCCUGCAGUCCCUGGGUUUCACACUGCGCAGAAGCUACAACGAGCUGGGCUUGCUCAUCCUCUUUCUCGCCAUGGGCAUCAUGAUUUUCUCCAGCUUGGUCUUCUUUGCCGAGAAGGAUGAGGAUGACACCAAGUUCAAAAGCAUCCCUGCCUCUUUCUGGUGGGCCACCAUCACCAUGACAACUGUUGGGUAUGGAGACAUCUACCCUAAGACUCUCCUGGGGAAGAUCGUGGGGGGCCUCUGCUGCAUCGCUGGGGUCCUAGUGAUUGCUCUUCCCAUUCCCAUUAUCGUUAACAACUUCUCGGAGUUCUACAAGGAGCAGAAGCGUCAGGAGAAAGCCAUCAAGCGGAGAGAGGCUCUGGAGAGAGCCAAGAGAAAUGGCAGCAUCGUGUCCAUGAACAUGAAGGAUGCCUUCGCCCGGAGCAUCGAGAUGAUGGACAUUGUGGUGGAGAAGAAUGGAGAGAACAUGUCUAAGAAAGAUAAAGUGCAAGAUAACCACCUGUCUCCCAACAAGUGGAAAUGGACCAAGAGGGCACUGUCCGAGACCAGCUCAAGCAAGUCCUUUGAAACCAAGGAGCAGGGGUCCCCUGAGAAGGCCAGAUCGUCUUCCAGUCCUCAGCAUCUGAAUGUCCAGCAGUUGGAAGACAUGUACAAUAAGAUGGCCAAGACACAGUCCCAACCCAUCCUCAAUACCAAGGAGAUGGCCCCACAGAGCAAGCCGACGGAAGAGCUGGAGAUGGCAAGCAUGCCCAGCCCCGUGGCCCCUCUGCCCACGCGCACAGAAGGCGUCAUCGACAUGCGAAGCAUGUCCAGCAUUGACAGCUUCAUCAGCUGUGCCACAGACUUCCCUGAAGCCACCCGAUUCUCCCACAGUCCUCUGGCAUCCCUCUCCAGCAAGGCUGGGGGCAGCACAGCUCCAGAGGUAGGCUGGCGGGGGGCUCUGGGUGCCAGUGGUGGGAGACUCGUUGAGGCCCACGCCACUCCUGAAGCCAGUUGCUCUGGUUUCUUCGUGGAGAGCCCCAGGAGUUCCAUGAAGACCAACAACCCCAUGAAGCUCCGGGCACUCAAGGUCAACUUCAUGGAGGGUGACCCCAGCCCGCUGCUGCCCUCUCUGGGGGUGUACCACGAUCCUCUUAGGAACAGAGGCGGUGCAGCAGCUGCGGUCGCAGGACUGGAGUGCGCCUCACUUUUAGACAAGCCUGUGCUGAGCCCAGAGUCGUCUAUCUACACCACAGCAAGUGCCAGGACACCCCCUCGCUCCCCUGAGAAACACACAGCAAUAGCAUUCAACUUUGAGGCGGGCGUCCACCAGUACAUAGACACGGACACAGAUGAUGAGGGUCAGCCGCUCUACAGCGUGGACUCCAGUCCUCCCAAGAGUCUCCAUGGGAGCACCAGCCCCAAGUUCAGCAUUGGAACUAGAACAGAGAAGAACCAUUUUGAAAGCUCCCCCUUGCCCACCUCCCCCAAGUUCUUAAGGCCAAACUGUGUCUACUCCUCAGAAGGGUUGACUGGGAAAGGCCCCGGAGCUCAAGAGAAGUGCAGACUGGAAAACCACACCUCCCCCGAUGUGCACCUGCUGCCCGGGGGAGGAGCGCAUGGGAGCACUCGGGAUCAGAGCAUCUGAGCUGCCCACCGCAGAGGGGAAUUUGCAGGAGAAAUCGAGGAGCGGAGGGAUGCUUGGCUUGCUGCUGCUGAGUUCUGUAUGACCUCAGAGACACAAGGCCCCUGCAGAGCCCCAAGAACAGGAGAGACCCUGAGAGCCAUGACAGGCCUAUGGACAACGUAACCAGCCAAGCCACAGGGGCCAUACCUCCUAACAGCACCUUCCUGAGAUGACGUAAGCGGAGCUCACAGCCACUAAGACCUAGCCUGGGCCACCCACUCCUCUGGAGGCUCUCCCAGCCUCUGAAUGUGCCAUCUCUGUCUCUCGUGGCUUCAGCUGGAGGAGGGCAUUGGAACAAGCGGCUGCCAGUGAAAGAAUGGGUCGACCAAGUAGUUCUGGGUGUUGCCUAGCCACCUCCAAGAGCACUGCCCUCUGUGGCAGGGGACGGGGGACACUUUGAUCCUGAGGAAUUCUCCGCUCCAUCAGCCAUGGUCCCGGCGCAUAACCCUUAAUGAAGCAACUGCUUGACUGAUUCAGUAUUCUGUGGUGCCCAGGGCUUUAUCCUGGGACGCUGUAAGGGUGAGCUGACAAUCUGGACUCAAUUCUUUCUGCCCUCCUGGCAAUCAAGGAAGGGUUCAAGACGGCUGGGACCCAGCCCAGGAGAUAAACCAGACCACCGCUUUUAGGGCUGUCACAGGAAUGAGCGUUCCAAACAGCACUAGCCUGAACUCAAAAGAUACAUGAGCGUCAAAUAUGCAAACAAGAUAGAUUAUUCAAAGAGACUGUGUGACUGAAGAACAGCAUUAAAAAAAUAAUAAAUUUCAUUUUCUACAUGAAAAAAAGGAAAAAAAAAAAAAAAAAGCCCUCACUGAACUGCCCUGUGCAGGCUUCUGACUACUUUUUGUUGUGGUGGGGAACAUGGGAACAUAUCUACUAUGAGAGACGUUCUUUUUUUUCUUUUUUUUUUUUCCUGUGGUAUUCAAGCUAAAAAAUAAUAAGUUAAUAAAAAGCACUUUAUGUUUUUCUAAUCUAGGCUCUACCAGGGACAGUGUCAAGAUCUCACACUCUAAAUCAAGCACUAUUUCCUGUGGGCCGCAUGGUGGCCCUGCACUUGGGGUAUUUCUUGUGCCCAUUUCUGGCCACAGUGGGUCUCACUGUCACCACAUUAGAGUCUGGGGCUCCUCCAUAGCCCCGUCGUGGGUCAGGAGGGGUCCUUAGCCCUCGGGGCAGAGCUCUCUUAAAGUCCCGUGUGCAAGAGACACACACGUCUCAGAAGGGCGCGGCAACUGGGGGUCGGGAAUCGCACUGUUCUUUCGUGUCAACCAGCCAUUGUGUGUCCUGUGUCACUGUCCUGAAAGCCCGAUGCUCUUUCCUGCAGCCAUCUAGGCAGACGGCACAGCCAAAAGCAAUAAGUACCCAUGUGUGUCCCUGGAGGUUCCGAUGUACCUCCUGGUGUCGGUCUUCCUGUCCUAGCGUGUUGACCUGGCGGUGUCCUGCCUGCUUGUAACCCAGUGGCACAGUGUUGUUGGCCUUCCUCAGUGACACCAGUCCGCACGAUGCUAUAGUCAACGGCUUGUGUAUCAGUAGAGAUGGUGUUAUUGGUCAGCCUGUCUGUAGUACAAUGGGGCAAUGUGGUUUUCUUACUAUAGUGUUAGUGGAUAAUGUCCCAAAUGCUGUAGCGUCCUCCUCCCUGUCCUCAGAACAGUGACAGGCAUGUGUCUUCCUGAUGGAGCAAUGACAUGAUAUUGAUCACCUGUCCUCGGUAUAAUUUAUGGCUGGUCUGCCCAAUAGUUCAAUGGCAUGAUCCACCCAUCAGCACACUUCCAUCACAAGGUUCUGCCUCCUGUUUCCACGGCUGAGGUCAGGCCACCUAACACAGGCAGAAUGCUAAAGGGUUAGACACCAACCUUAAGCAAAGUGUUUUCUACAGUUCAUGACACUUCUCAGCACUUCCGGGGACCAGGGUCCCCUCCCUCCACAGGGUGCACCUUGGCAUUUGCUGUGAGUCAAGAAAACCGAGAAGUUGACUGUCUGACCGGCCUCAGAGCUUUCUCAAAACAGAUGUAGAGGGGCUGGGACAGUGAAGGUCACCAUGAACAGCAGCGCCCUGGAGGCAGGAAGCAGGGGGGAGGGACGGGACUCCAGGGCCCCCGAUGAGCUCAGCCCGGUGCUGGGGGCCUGUCGGUGGGACCGUGGGACCGUUCUGCUGACCAUCUUUCGUGUCUCUUUGUUUCUUCAUCACCAUAGAUGUUACCCAGCAGCACAAAUGUGAAACUUCAGGGAAAACAAACCAACGCUUUUUGAUAAAAAGUAAAUAGUUGUGAUUUCCGAUUCAGAUAUUUUUAGAGCUAUCUGUAAAAACUCCUACUGAUGAUAUAGUCUAUUUUACAUAUCAGGAAGCAGACAUGUCUUAACAUAGCCAUAUAUAGCCAGAAGGAAGUUACUGUCCCCGUCUUCAAAUCAAGGCAUUUCAUUUGUCGGUUAAGCCGAUGGCCAGUGGACAGAGUAGAACUGAUUUCUUUCUUUUCUAAGAACCAUUCGGUGCGACUCUCCUUGUAACCAAAGGCCCCUCUGCCUUGUGUCACGUAGGACCUGGCUGUCCCUUACUCCUGUGUUUUGUGUGACCUUAAAGUAGCAUUUUAUAGAGUAAACGGAAGACGAAUUCAGAAUCCCCUUUCCUAACUAAAGAAACAGAGUCUGACAGAGUUCCUACAGAAACAACCAUCAAAACUCAAUGUAGACUUUGCGUGAAAGUUUUCCGCUUUAUUUUGGGUUUUGCUGGUUUGUUGUUUUUGUUGUUGCUGUUGUUUUUGUGUCCCCCGUCCCCCCCCGUAUGUGUGUGUGCACUGUGGAAAUACAGCUUUUCCUCCAUGUGUGACUCAAGCUAGAACGUUGUACAUUCUCCUACCAGCCCUCCACCUGCUGACAAGGAACGCUGGGUUUCAUUCCACACACACCCGUCCUGGGUACCUGGGUUUACAAGCUCUGGGAAAGGUGGAGAAGAGUCACCAAGAUGAAGCGGUGUCUGACAGAAGGGUCUCGGUAGUGAAGAGGGAAGCCAGGGUGUGGAGGCAGAGGCUGCCUGAACUUGGUGGUCCAUUUCCGCCGGUCCUGAACCAACCAUAGCAAAAGGGAGUGAGAUACCGUCAGCAACACCGAGGUUAUGGUCCAGUUCUGAAAUCAACAGGGCUGUCAAGAACCCAGCGGAACUUGAACUCCAGCAUCCAUCCAUCCCAUCAUCAGAAAAGCCAGGCACAGGGCAGCUGUGUGUGCCCUUCACACUGGGAAGACCUGACCCAUGGGAGAGGUGUCUUCUCACCUUUUUAUCAUUGGAUGUCCCCAAAACAGCAGGGCUGAGGCUGCAGACUUCUCUCUGGGAUUCCAUCUUAAGCACAUUUAGAGGAGAAAGAGAAAAAGAAGAGAGACCAUUGGUCAUCAAGGAGAGAGGAAAUACCCAAAUCCUGAGGAAGCCAUCCUUAAUCCCCUCUGCUCACCCCCAGUGGUUGCCAGGAGUACAAGCUUUUUCCAACGGAGUCUCGCCUUCUUGUCCACCUCCUCCACGUUCCAUAGCUGCAGCCUCGUCUUGGCCCCUUCUCCUGAGAAGAUCCAUGUUUCUAAGGAGAAGAAAAACAACAACAACAAGACGCAACAGCAUCCUCUUCUACACAACUGUAAUGUAUUGUCAAUAUUUGUCAAUAUUUGUAAUUAUUAUGUAUUUGUCUGACUCUGGUCAUGGCUGGAAUGUCUAGUCCAUGAACAAGGGGAUAUUUAAAAUUCAUCACAGACAAGGGUCCCUAAAGCCAGGUCUUUCUAUAUAUUUAUAGAUAGAUAGAUAGAUAUAGAUAUAUAAAUAUCUCUCCUUUCCUUAUUUCUCUGCCAACUUGUCUCAAGUAAAGUAACCACAGACCACUGAAUCAAAAGAGGACACACAGAAAAGCUUCUAGAACACGCUCCUUCAGAGAUGUACUCUGUGUGUGUGUAGCUGAGAAGUUGGCAGAAGAAAGAAGGCCCCCGGGUCUCCAGCAGGACAACAGAACACUCCAGCCCCAGGCAUUCCUAACCUAUUAUUGUUUAUAGGACAACACUCAAAUGCUUUCAUGUCACCAGGCCAGAGCCGUCCAAACCAGCCCUUGGCCACACCUGGAAAUAAGAGUUACCUCUGCAUUUUCUGUUGCCGUUUCUUCUGGCUCUAGAAGCAUCUAUAUCCUAGGACAUCUACAUAUCUCAGAGUAGUCUAUUUUUUUGUUCAGAUAAAUAUAUAUAUAUAUGUAUUUUUAGUAUAUUUAUAAUAGGACAACUUAGUCUAAUUUCUUUUGUAACAGUAAUAUCUUGGGGGUUUUAUCGUUGCUCAUUCGCAUAGCUGGUCUUUUCUGCUCUUCCAUCAUUCCUUCCCACUGUCCCUUGGGCUGGUUUUUUGUUUGUUUGUUUGUUUGUUUGCUUUUCUUCUGUUGGAUUCUGGUUGUCUGGAGGUGAAGAAAGACUGGGGUUUGACAUCCUGGAAGACUGUGUUCCUGGCCCCUCGGGGGUGGUACAGUGAGGGGGGUGGGGAAUCUGUGUCUUUCUUCGUCACGUCUGUGAUCAGGUCUGGCUAUCACUCUUAAGAAUCCAGGUGUGCAUGAGCAAGUCAGGUGAAGCAGAGGUGGAGUUGGGACCUGGGCUGCCCAGAGCUUAGGCCUUACCCUCCCAGGAUCUUAAAAGACCGAGCUUUCUGGUUCCUAAAAAUACUGGAACCAAGACCCUCCUGCAAGCAAACUUGUUUCUGAUCGCUAAGCUCAGGAACUCUCCUGAGUUCCUCUUGGCCAGACUGUCCCCAUGUCCAGCAUCCUGCUUCCCAGGGCCACCAACUGGAUCCAGGGACCAGAGCAUGUGCAGGCUCUGGCAAGCUUCAGAGGAAUGUGCUGCAUCUCCGAUCCCUUUCUCACAGUCUCACCAAAAACCAGUGGCCAGACAGCCUUUUAGCCAAAAGCUGAGGAGCGACCGUCCAAAGCUGCGAUCUUCCUGCCCAGGUCCUUCUCAGCUGCGCAGAGUGAAAUUGAGGGCAAGGGCAGCAGUAUUUUUCCAGCUUCCACUUUUCCAAGCCUCUAGUCCUUGGUCAGUCCUGAACAUUCAUCUGGGAGGCAAUUUUGAGUCUAGGGGCAGGUGAUGGACAGACACCACAUGGAGUGAAAGGGGUUCUCCAUCAAUCACUUACAUGGAACAGCAAAGAAAGCCAAUCAGAUUGCCUCCCAUGCUCAACGGGUCACCCGCCUGCCUCAGCUCUGGGCUCUGAGCUCCAUCAGCAUCAGAUAUUUGGGUGGAGCCAGGACCAUCUCCAUCUCAGACAGUGAUGAUGUCCCCCGCCGAAAGAACCCCAAGAGGAUGCUAACCCAAAAACAAAUUCAUUAUCCUGGUGGUUGGAUUUUCUUUUCUUCCCUUUGGUUUUGUUCUGUUUUGUGGUGUUGGGAAAUCUAACUAGGGCCUUGGCUGUGUCGGACAAGUGCUCGACCCCUGAGCUACAUCUCCAGCCCCUGAAUGUAUUACUUUGGAAUGUAAUUCUUAUCGGUUUCCCCAGCCCUAAAAUUCCUGGUAAUCUGGUUUGUUCCAGAGCCAAAUAAAACAGGCAAGAUUUUGUGUGUGUGUGUGUGUGUGUGUGUGUGUGUGUGUAACUUUUGCAUAAGAAUAAAAUUUAAAAGUGCUGUCCUGAUAUUUCCCAGGUUUCCUACCCAGAUAAGUAAACAUUGGCUGUCUUCCCAAGAAAGAAGGGGUACGCUCUGACCUUCUCUCCUUGCCUUAGAAUUCCUCUCAAAAUUUCCAAAUGGCAAUUUGAACUGAAUUUGGAAGGGACUGUUAGUCAGGUGAGCCUUCUCUCCACGCGUAGCCCUACCUCUUUCCCUCUCAGCCAAGGUCCUGAAGAAAUCUAAAAGAGAGCAUUGGGCAGGGAGCUGGCCAAGGAUGUCAGCACCUAAUGUGAGUUGGUCAAUUCUGCUCAAAGCAAGUAAGCCCUUUCUCAGCAGUUAGGUGAUCUGCUCGUGGAAUGCAGUGCAUGGUGGGUAAGGAGCUCCAGACUACCUGCUGUAUUACAGGUAUUCACAGGGAGGCUGGAUAACGCACAAACGGGCCCUGGCAUUACUACAAAAUUGGACUGGAACUCAAAGCAAUUCUGUGGUGUGUGUGUGUGUGUGUGUGUGUGUGUGUGUGUGUGUGUGUGUGUGUGUUCUGUCCAUGGCCUUGUGUGCACAUGUGGGUAUCUGCAUGGGUGUCUUGAACAUUCUGGGCCCAGGUUCAGGCCACAUAGACAAGGACUUGGAACACAGCUGGUAGGACUCAGGUUAUAGGAUGGGGCCAUCCCAGGAGGCACCAAAGCAAGAGGCUGCAGCCAGGGACGCAACUUCACAAGCCUGCUCCUCGGGGACCUCUCUGACCCAGCCAGUCACUGACCCAACCCAUUCCCAGUGGCCUAACAAGGACCACUUGGAGAUGAGAUGCAUGCUGCCCUUUCCCUGGCCAGCAAAGGGCCAGCUCACCAAGUCCCCCUGUGGGUGGCCACCGCAUGGUGCUUCAGCCCUCCCCAGACCCUGUGCCCUCGGAGAGAUGCAGUGACAGCCCCACACCAGCCACCCACUGCCCAGGCAAUCCCAAAAGGCGCCAUUCCAAAAGGGCUCUUUUUUCCUGUUAAAUAAAAUAGUGAACCUAGUCAAGAUUUUCAAAGGUCUCUGCCCAAGAAAUAAAUCCAGAAAAAUCAAAAAGGCCAAGGUAGCUGUAAUUCUGCUUUACGAGAAACAAAGCUCGGGCUGUUUCUAAGAAGAGAGCUCGCUCCCCACAUCCAUCCCCAAAGGGCCUGCCUCCUGCUGUCCACCUCCACCCUCCCUCACUGGGCAUGGUGGGUGUGGAGGAGGUGGCAUGGGAACUUCUGAGUGAGCCCAAGUCCAGGUGGUCUCAGUGGUUUUGAAAGGCAGCGUAGACCAGUAGGGCCAGGGUUGGUUGAACCAUUUCUUCUAAAACUAAAUUAAACGGAAACCACUUUUCAAAAUCUCAGCCCACACAAGUGUUGCCCAAGACACUCAGCUGCAGUUACGGUGCAGUUGGGGAAGAUGUGGGGGAUCCCCAAUUCUGUUCCACUUAGAUGUGCUCCAAGCCACACACAGAGCUCAGGCAUUUCCUGCCUCCCUAGGUGAAGCUGAGUCUGGACAAGCAGGGCUGCACAUAAGAGGUGCCAAGGGUUUAGCUCAGCUGCACAGAUGCCAGCUUCUGGGCUUCCCCAAGGUUUGAGACAUCCGAGACGAGUGGGCAUCCAAGAGCCAGAUGUGGUUCCAGGUACUGCAGGGCAGCUGGCCUCUUUCUCUCUCGGCCCAUUUGGCUUAGUCUAAGCUAGAGGGCAGGGAGCCCCCCUUUUCCUGCACCAAAAACCCACGGCCAUCUGCCAGUAAGUGUUGGCACACAGUGAUCACCCAGCCUGUGAUUCGGGGAAAGUGAAUAUGUGGAUGGGUGUGUAGUGAAGAGGGUAUUUAUUGCUGGAGUCUCACCUGGCUGGGGGGGCUUUGCUAACUGGGAAGAGUGGGAGUCCCUUUCUCUCUGAACUGCCCCCACAAAUACCAUGUCUUCUUUGAUCAUGUUUGGAGUCACAGUAAUGCCCACAUUUGAUGUUGGUAGCCUCAAACUGAUAGGGGCCAUGGCCUACUCAGAGCCUCCUGCCCUGAGACUGGCCAGCACCUGCUGUCUUCCUGCUUGUUCUACUUCAGUUCACAGGGAGGCCACAGUAGCUAUCCAGUAGUUCAAGCCAAGGGUCCAGAGUGGAGGGGGUCUGGGACUUGACUGGGGCAGGAGCAUGGGAGCCAGUGUCUGUAACUGGAUCUCAUUCCCUGAGUUGUAAGAACCAAUGGUCUCUCCUUUUAACUGAGCCCCAAAGGCCCCCUUACAAUGACAAGCACGCCAGUCCCAUCAGCUCAAACCCUCUGGCCCUCCCAGGACCCCACAGCAUAAGGUGAGGUUCUCCUGCCAGCAAAGCCAUUCUGAUUGCCCCACACUCCAAGGGGGCCAAGCCAAUCAUGUCAGCCAUAAUCCACCAGGGUCCUCAGCCGCUUUUCUUCGGGUUGUGUUUAUGGGUCCUGUUCAGCCUUCAUCAGUGGAAGGCCCCAGUCCCUUCUGCACAUGUGACAGUGCACACUGGUGUGCAUGUGUGAGCACAUGCACACAAGUAUACACACAAGGAAACCAACCGAACCCCAAUGUUGUCUUCUGCAUGUGGUGAGAUGGACUUGUGACCCUUGUGUGACCUCCGGCUGCUGUCCUGUCUUGUAAAAAACGUUCACAUGUUUAAGAAUUUCCAAGCAAAUGGUCCCUUAAUGAAGUCUGCAGCGUUCAAUAAAAGAUCCGGAGAAAACAA